CCGUGUUUAACGUUCUCUCCAGUCUGCUCUUCUCCAACCGUUAUUUUAAUCGAAUGACACGUACAAAUAUUUUCGUUCAUUUAUUUUAAGAGGCAAGGAGAUACGUAGUGUCUUAAAAGGAAGCAUAGCAUCGAAGCGUGAGAUCAACCGUCUUCAUAGAUACAGUUUCACUCAAAGCAUCGCAAUCGUUGGCUCCCAUAAAAGACGAUGCAAAAAUGAAUCCAUCUCGAGAUAACUCAACUACGAUUGAUUCCAGAUGCUGUUCAACUUCCCUCAUGGAAGAUACAUUAAUUGCUCCGAGUGAUGUUAAGUUUAAUAAUGGUCCAUUGGAAGAAGUGAAAAAGCCAAUAAAAUUUAUAAGAAAUUCCAGCGAAAUUGAACUUAAAAAAAAAGAAGAGGAGGAAUAUAAUAAUGAAGUAAACGAGCAAAGAUACAAACGAUUGAUGCAUUUGUUAAACAAAAGCAAAUUUUACUCGUCCUAUUUGAUAAAUAAGAUUGAAGAUGAUAAAGAUAAAAAUAAAAAAAAUGAAAAGGCUCCCAAAAAGAAUAAUUACAAACAGAAGAGAUCUAUCACUGAAAAUGAUGAAAAUAUAUCACCAGAAAACAAAAAGAGGAAAGUUAGUGGAAGAAAACGUAACAUACAAGAAUACAUAUCUACAAAGGUAAGGACCAUAAGGGAAAAAAAGAAUCUAAACCUAGAAGAGAUAGAGACAGAAUUAUCCACGAACUCAGACAGUGAACUAAAACUCGAACCGGAAUUAAAAGCAAAUGUUAGCAGCACUGCUAUCGUAUCGAAAUAUUUUUGUGGCAAUCUGCGCGAUUAUCAACUAAAGGGUUUAGAAUGGUUAAAACUGCUUCAUGAAAACGGCCUGAGUGGAAUCUUAGCCGAUGAAAUGGGACUCGGAAAAACAAUACAAACGAUAGCUUUGAUAUGUCAUCUUAUAGAGGAAAGACAAGCCGGGCCUUACUUAAUAAUUACACCUCUCUCUACUAUACCAAAUUGGCUCACAGAAUUUGAAAGAUUCGCUCCCGCCAUACCGGUCUUUUUAUUUCAUGGCACGAUAGAAGAAAGAGACGCUGUACGCAUAAAAAUUAAAUGUACACAUCAUGUCGAAGAUAAUUACAAGACACAGCCUGUUGUACUCACUACAUAUGAAGUACCAUUAUAUGAAAGUAAAUUCUUUCAAUCUCUAAGAUGGAAAUACAUCGUAAUAGAUGAAGGACAUAGAAUAAAAAAUUAUAACUGUAAACUGGUCAAGGUGCUGCGCAAUAUUCGUUCCAUGAAUAGACUAAUAUUAACUGGAACUCCACUUCAAAACAAUUUAUCCGAGUUAUGGUCUCUUUUGAAUUUCCUAUUACCAGAAAUCUUUGAUGAUUUGGAUACGUUUGAAUCGUGGUUUGACGUUAAAGAACUUCAGUAUCAUGGUACUGAAAAACUUCUAAAGCAGGAAGAAGAGAAACAUGUAUUAUCAUCGUUGCGCGAAAUUUUAAAACCAUUUAUGUUAAGACGAAUAAAAUCUGAAGUUUGUUUAGAAAUUCCUCCUAAGAAAGAGUUGAUUGUUUACGCGCCACUCACGGAAUUGCAAUAUGAUUUAUACAAGGCAGUAUUAAAUCGUGAUUUAGAAAUAUUAAGUAAAAUCGAGACACUGGAUCUGAUUAUACCAACUGUAAAUGGUGAAAAACCGAAAAGAAAGUGUUUUUUGAGAAGUCCGUACGGAUCUGUCAAGGACAAAUCCGAAGAUAAAGUAUUGAAUACUUCAGUACAAGAAAAUAAUAUUGAACAGAAACCUGUGAAUAAAUCGAAACAAUAUACUGAUGUCACAGAACGUAAUAGAGAGUUUCUUGUCCGCAUUAAUUCUAAAAAUAGACUUCCCAUGUAUAAAAAGAUCGUGAAUCAUCCAUACUUGAUUCACUGCCCGCUGGAUUCGACUGGUUUACCGAAAAUUGACAAUGAUUUAAUCAGAUCCUCUGGUAAACUUUUAGUAUUGGACGCUAUGCUGGCAAAACUGAAGAUGCGAGGUCACAAAGUUUUAUUAUUUUCGACAAUGACUAUGAUCUUAGAUAUGAUUGAAGAUUAUCUUAUGUUACGGGAUUAUAAUUAUGUGAGAUUAGAUGGUAACACUAAAAUUGAAGUACGAAAACAAAAUAUUGCUACUUUUAAUAACGAUCCAGAUAUGUUCUUGUUCCUUUUAUCAAUUCGAGCUGGUGGAAUUGGAUUAAAUUUAACGGGUGCUGAUACCGUUAUUGUAUAUGACAGUGACUGGAAUCCACAAAUGGAUAUACAAGCUGUAGCUCGAUGUCAUAGAAUAGGGCAAACAAAACCCGUGGUUAUCUACAAGCUAUGCACUAAAGGAACAGUUGAUGAAACAAUUAUGAAACGAGCUGACGCUAAACGUAUUUUAGAAAAAAUAGUUAUGUCAAAAGAACUACAAUCUCUUAAUAAAAAUAUAAUAUUACAGAUGAAAAAGCUAAUGGAAUCUAAAGAAUACAAAAUUGUUACAUCUGAAAAAGAAGUUUUUACAGAGAUGGAAUUGAACAACUUGUUAGAUAGAAGUGAUAUGACUAAGAACGAAGUGAUAUACUGAUAUAAGUGAUAACUGUGAUGUGCCUAAUUUGUAAAGCUAAAUCAAGAAUAAAAUACAUACCA